UCAGCUGUUAGUGGAGUGUGUUUGUUUAACUCACCCGUGGUUAGAGACAAUUUUUAAAUGGAAAGCAUUCUAGAACCAAAUAGCUCCGAUGACAACAUGCCAUCGGACAAGAAAGAUCUACAUUCUCUGCUAUCCUCAGAAGACGAUCUGUUCGAUGGCCCACCUUCCUCAACGAUUAAAAUUGAACCAACCCAGCUCCAGGAAGAACCACGAUCAUCGUAUUCCCUUAAGAACGAGUUCGAGGAUAUAAUAUUUCCCGAGAUCGGACGAGAAAGUAGCAUGGCAGAAAUUAACAGCAAAGAUAGCCAGCAAAAAGGCGUCGAGCGAGCCAAACGAAAAGAAAUAAAGAGCAAGAAGAUAAUGGAGGAGGAAGAGCUGGAGAAGAUGCAAGUUCUUGUGUCCAACUUCACCGAAGAGCAAUUAGACCGGUACGAGAUGUAUCGACGGGCCGCCUUUCCAAAGGCCGCUGUGAAGCGGUUAAUGCAAACCAUCACGGGUUGUUCGGUGUCGCAGAACGUGGUGAUCGCAAUGUCCGGUAUAGCGAAGGUUUUCGUUGGUGAGGUAGUGGAGGAAGCACUUGACGUGAUGGAACGCACCGGUGAAACGGGAGCCAUUCAACCCAAGUAUUUGCGAGAAGCAGUGCGGCGACUGCGAGCUCGCGGGCAGAUCCCCAACGGAAGGGGGCACAAACAGUUUUUCAAGAUGAACUGAUAGCAAUACUAAUUGAUUUCAGCGGGUGCAGUUAAAUAUGACGAAGUAUUGUACUGAUCCCUUUUGUACUGGAACUAGAGCUAAUAAUUAAAUUAUAUUCGAUUUCACAAUUUCAUCAUUCCUUCCUCUAUCAAUAACCUGCUUUGUCGGUCAUACUAUUCUACGUGGUAGUUGCUAAUUAACCUGACCUGAGCGAAACUCGCAACAUCUGGAGAUCAUUGUCUGCAGUAAGCUUAGAAGAUGCCAAGCGAUCAUUGAAGCCGGCAGCGAUUGGACAGCUUAUAGGGUGGUUGCGGCGUUGAUACUUAGAAAAAUCUAGGUAUCCAUUCUGUCGCCUUACUUUUGACACGAAGGCCUAAACCGUAUGUAUGGUGCCGGGAGCGGGCUAUUUGGCAUAAUAAAAGUUAAGCAUAACGAACAUAAGGCAUGCUUUUGAGAAGUGAAUACAUUGCAGGGCUUUCGGCAUAAUUUUUAACUUCUGAAAAACGGUC